AUGCCAGAAUUUGGUUCUGACUGGGACUGUAACCAAAGGGAUAGAUCAACAGGCCCAGAACUCAGUAAAUGUGCCGGUAACAGUGGCACUGUUGAAGUGACACUGCUUGUACUGGCACUUGAUUGCGUGGUUGUUGAUGAUACACCUGUUGGGGGGCGAAACUGUGUUGAAGAGCAAGGAACCAGUUCUCUCGUCGAUUGUUCCGAAGCAGAAAACCGUUUCUGGCGCAUGGAAGGAAGGAUUGCGGAGAGUCCGGGCAUAUCUCCUAAUUCAGUCUAG